AUCCCAAAGAGAAAACGUCCUGCUCCCAUCGUCCAACCAAAUCUUACCUCCUCCAUAGACAUCGGUGGUCUAUCGAUGACGACCACAGAAACUCCGGGAUUUUUCGUCCACGUUCCGAAGAGGAAACGUCCUGAUCCCAUCGUCCAAACAACUCCUACUUCUUUCACAGACAUCCACGGUUUAUCGAUGCCAACCACAAUUCCAGCGGUUGUGACUCAGGCAUCUCUCCCCUUACGACCCGCUUCUACGACCACUUUUUCCUCCUCCUCGGGAGCGAACAGAGAUUGGCGUCGGACACCGGCGCGCUAGUCCUUGGCUCAGGAGACAGGCGUAGGAUUCAGUGCCCGCAGCAGGAGCUCACCAUUGGUUUUUGAGAUCGUUCCAUACCAAGAGUGAAUAUACACGGCAUCACCUGCGUCGCUCCUCCCGAAACCCCUUCUUGAUUGUGUUUCGACGCAACUGGUUUGCGGUAUAAUCAUGCUAAUCUUUGCUCCGAUAGGUUCAGAAUGCCUACAGAAGAGCACCGGGCGUGUAUUUACUAAAUAACUUUUGAAGCUUUCACUAUUGAUAUGGUUAUAUAUGCAUCUACAUGAUUGUAG